CUGGCGCAUGGUGAGCUCGGAACACAAUAGGGGAGGAUCCGGCAGCGCUGCUCUCACUUCCCUCUCCCGCCAGCCCCGGUGUCAGCAGCCCGCCACUCUGCCUGUCCGAGGCCCACACUCCCCUCACCGUGUGCCGGAGGGCGCGUUCACAGCUCGCGGGUGCCGGUGUGUGUUUCCCGGUCAGGAUGCUGCCGGUGUCCCGGUGGUUCUGUAUGUAGUCUGGGCCGCGCUCUGUGUCCCGGUGUCAGCGCUGAGUGUCCGGCAGUGAGGACGAGGACAUGCCGCUACUACACAGGAAACCCUUCAUCCGGCAACGGCCGCCCCCCGACCUGGAGCCCACCGAGCGCCUCUUCUACUGCCGGGUCACCAACGAGGUCUUCAGGGACUACGAUGAAUUUUUUGAGCGCACGAUCUUAUGCAACAGCCUGGUUUGGAGCUGCUCCCUUACUGGAAAAAGUGAUCUUACAUAUCCAGAAGCACUUGAAUCGGAAAAGAAAAUUAGACAAAGCUUGCAGACUUUUCCUCAACCCUUAAUCGUACCCAUCUUACAUCUCGCUUCGCUUUCCCGCCACCACCGUGUAACAGACUUGUGUGAAGACAUCUUUGGAUAUGUUAAAAACAGAUACUUUGUUGGUGAAACCGUGAAUGUUGUGAGAAAUAGCGGUGCAAGAUUGGAGUGCAAAGUUUUAGAAGUUAAACUACCUCCACUGCAAAAUGGAAUAGCAAAUGGCCACAGCCCCCACAAUGAAGACACCAUCGUCAUCAGUGAUAGCGAUGAUGAGUCUUCUAAAGCUUCUCCGCAGAAUGGGACUAAAAAAGAGCCUAUAGAUCCUUCUUUGCUGAAGUACAAGGUUAAACCUAUUAAAAAGGAGUUGUAUGAAUCUGUUACUGUCAAGUCAUCUCAACUCAGUCGAACACCAUCUCUGUUUUCUCAAGAGCGAUUGAAACUUUUUCUGAAGCUGCACUGUGAAUCGCAGAAUGGAAUUAUAAAGCCUAAGGCAAUUUCACUUACAAAGCAUGAAGUUUCAGAGAAAAAAUUCUUUCAGUAUUUCCCAGACGAUCCCCCAAGUUUUCAGCGCACUCCAACAAACAAAAUCCAAACUGGAAGACCCUCCACCAACAAACAUUUAAAAAGCGCCAGUAGUUUGUCAAGGGAGAAAAAAAUGAAAGCUGCAAGAGAACAGGAGAGAAUUCUAAAGCACAAAAAUGAGUUGAAAGCCAUGGAAAUGGAAAAGGCUAGAAUGCGGAGGGAACAAGGAGAAAUGGAUAAAAACAGGAUUCGAGAAAGGCAAUGCAAAGACCGGGAAAGAGAAGAACAAAAAAAGAUGAUUGAGGAGGAAAGACUCAGGAGGAAAGAAGAAAUUGAGCGGAAUAAAUUAGAAAAAGAGAAGGAAAGAGAGAAAAUCCGUGAGGAAAAGCGGAAAUAUGCAGAACAUCUGAAACUGUGGAGUAAGCCCCGGGAAGACAUGGAGUGUGAUGAUCUCAAGGAGCUGCCGCUGCCCACAUCUGUGAAGACUAGGAUCCCUCCUGAAUGCUUUGGUGAUGCUAUUAUGGUUUUAGAGUUCCUCCAUGCUUUUGGUGACCUGUUUGAUCUCGUAGACGAGUUUCCUGAUGGCAUGACCUUCGAGAUGCUGGAAGAAGCUCUGGUCGGCAAUAACCCCGAGGGUCCACUCUGCGAGCUGCUGUUUUUUUUCCUGACUGCUAUUUUUCAGGCGAUGACUGAAGAAGAGGAAGAAGUAGCAAAGGACCAGAUAAUUGAGGCAGAAACCAAAGAUCUGACGGAAGCAUUGGACGAAGUUACUGACCCAACUAAAUCUGCCUAUGCAGCAGUAGCAUCCCUGGCGGCUGCCUGGCCACAAUUACACCAAGGCUGCAGUUUGAAGGAUCUAGAUUUGGACAGUUGCACGCUUUCUGAGAUUCUGCGUCUCCAUAUAUUAUCAUCGGGUGCUGAUGCAAAUUCAGCUAGCGCCAAAUACAGAUACCAGAAACAAGGUGGAUUUGACGCUACGGAUGAUGCCUGUAUGGAGCUCCGUCUCAGCCACCCUGUGAUAUUGAAAAAGCUCUCCUCUGUGUCUGUUUAUGCCUUGACACCAGGUGAAAAGUUAAUGAUUCUUCAUGCAUUGUGUGGAAAGUUGCUGACAUUGGUCUCAACCAGAGACUACAUUGAAGAUUACUUUGAAGAGCUUCGCCAGGCAAAGCAAGAGUUCAGAGAACUGAAAUCUGAACAGAAUCGGCGAGGGAGAGAGGGGGCUGCUGCCAGAAUUCGUAAGCGAAAAGUGGAUAAGCUGAAGGAACAGGAGAUGAAGAUGAAAGACAAGCAUGAGAAAUUGAAGGAAGAAGAGAGUAGUAGAGGUGCAGGAAAUGAAGAUGAUUUAGAUACUAGUUCAGAGAACAAAGAUCCAGAGCAAAAGGAUCAAGACUCAGAAGAUGAAGACACAUCAUAUGGCCAAAAAGGGAACAAGACCCAGAAUGGCUUAAUGUAUGGUAAGAAUUGCGGCCUAAGUAUGGGGGUAACCCUGGAAAAGAAAGGAGCUUUAACUCCUGAAGAGCAAGAGUCCUUGAGGCAGAAACAACAGAAAAAAGAGCAGGAGUUGUUAGAAAAGAUACAAGAGGCUACAGCCUGCACCAAUAUCUUCCCACUGGGCCGAGAUCGUUGGUAUAGGCGUUUCUGGACAUUCUAUUCUGUGCCAGGACUAUUUGUAGAGGAAGACUACUAUGGGCUCACUGAGGACAUGCUACAACCACGGCCAAUAUCUCAUCGAGAUGCCUUGAAUCUUGCACUUAAUAGCCACGCACCUCCUGAUCAAAACAUAAAUGAAGAGCUUCCCAAACCUGUGACCAAGCCAAACCGUUGGUGGUUUUAUUACUCCACUGAGCAACUGGAUGAGCUGAUUGAAUGCCUUAAUACCAGAGGAUACCGAGAGACCUCCCUGAAAGACAUACUUGUUCAAGAAAAAAACAAGAUCUCCCAAAAGCUGACUAAUCUUCCUGUCAACCGCUUCCAUCUUUCUGAUAACCCACUGCCUAUAGAUUCUAAGCCUGGCCGGGGACGGUCACAGCAAGUGCAUGAUACAGCUCAAGUUUCGGCAGAGAAGCAACUUCAACUACGGUUGUGUGAUCUACUCUUGGAUAUUGAAGAUAGAAUUUACCAGGGGACACUUGGCUCUGUUAAGGUACCGGAUAGACAGGCAUGGAGGGCAUCUAUUGAAAAAUGUGUUAUGGAAAUAUUGAGCGAUGAAGCGAAGGAGAAUGGAGGAAUAAAAGUGUCAAGCAAUGACAUUGAAGAGAUGGAAGGUGACUCAAAGCCGAUUACUAAAGACAGACUGCAAGGAUUGAAAAAUGAAACUCCUAGUGCUACGUCCACGAGCACCAACACACCUCAGCCAGUCAAUAACACUCUACGUUUCCUCGCUCGCGCUUUACUCCAGAUAGAGCAAGGCGUGGAGCGCAGAUUCUUGAAAGCUCCAUUGGGAGACGCAGAGGACACGAAGAGGGACAAAAAAUCUGCAAAAAAGAAAGAUGAAGAACAAACUGAAAAAGAUGAUGCCUGUGAUGGUGGUCGUAUUCAGAGGACGGUGCUAGAUCGAUGGAGAGAAUCGUUGUUGUCAUCUGGAAGCCUAUCCCAAAUCUUUCUUCACUUAUCUACUCUGGACCGCAGCAUAUUGUGGUCUCGCUCCAUCCUGAAUGCUCGUUGCAAGGUGUGUCGAAAAAAGGGGGACAGUGAAUGCAUGCUGCUUUGUGAUGGAUGUGACAGAGGCCACCAUAUCUACUGUGUGCGACCCAAACUUAAAUAUGUUCCUGAGGGAGACUGGUUCUGUCCUGAGUGCCGACCGAAGCAGCGCAUGAAGAGACCUCCUGCUAGGCAGAGACCUUCAGUGGAGAGUGAUGAAGAGGAGAUGGAGUCAGCAGAAGAAGAGUCUGAGGAGGAGGUGUCGGAGGAGGAGGAGGAGGAGGACUAUGAAGAACAGAGUGUACUUUCUGAAGAAGAUAGCCCACCGAAAAGAGGAAAGGCUAAAGUCCACUUUCCUUUAAAGAAGAGUGGAAGAAUAGGUGGAAAACCUGGACCCAAGAAAAAAGGAGGGAAAGCCUCAAAAGUUUUUCAAGGCACUCCCAAAACAUUUUCACCUUCUCCACGAGGUAGAGGUAGAGGGCGAGGUACAGGACGAAAAACACGGUCUGCUCCACCUCUGGGAAGUAAAACCUCGUUCCGACAAUCUACUCGGAACACACAAGCAAACACAGAUUCCCCUGGAAAUUCUCUUGUGGGGCUGGUCUCCAUCCGUGGGAAAGGACUUGGUAGGGGCAGAGGAAGUGGCAGAGGUAGGGGCCGGGGACGUGGUCGAAUGCAGAAAUCUGCUGAUAACACUCCAGUGGGAAGCCCUUUUGCCCUUCGUCCAUUCAGUCUUGAUAGUCCUGAUCACACACCUCAAAGAGGGAGAGGACAGUCUAAGAAUUCAAUGACUAUACAGAUACACUCCUCAGGACGAGGCAAGAAACGUUUGUCUACAGACCACAUUUCAGCAGAUCAAGCAAACAGGAGGAGCUCCGGCAGGAAUCAAGGUGUGCACGAGCUAUCUGCUUGCGAGCAGUUAGUUGUGGAGUUAGUGAGACAUGAUGACAGCUGGCCUUUCAUGAAACUUGUGUCAAAAAUUCAGGUUCCCGACUACUUUGAUAUUAUCCAGAAACCCAUUGCUCUAAAUGUCAUCCGCGAAAAAGUGAACAAAUGUGAAUACAAAUCUGCAUCUGAAUUUGUGGAAGAUGUCGAGCUGAUGUUUUCCAACUGUUUUGAGUACAACCACUUUAAUAGCAACGAAGCCAGAGCGGGAGUCAGGCUUCAGUCUUUCUUCGCCAACGAAGCCGAAAAACUGGGGCUGGAGGUCUCUUGCAGCAAAACACAGACCCCUCUCCCACCUUCAAAAAGGUCUCGGAUCUGAUACGAAAGCUGGAUUCAAGUUUUCAGGGAAUUCAAUGUCCUGCUGAACAGAAUCUCCAAGCAAAUUACAAAUCUAACUCAAACGUCCAAAAAGUGUGACAUACAUGAGUUCCUCUUUCUAUUCAGCACUCAGGGGAAAGCAGAAUAAUACUGCAAUACCAGGUCUACACCACAUAAACAUGUUUUAUAGAAUUCUAUAUGUAUAUCAGAUUUUCAACGCACUGUUUUACAACAUACUAGAAGAGUUUGAGCGUUUUCCUCUGUUUAUCUAAGGAUAACAUAUCUUUCCAUUAUGUACUUUUCUAUUUUGUGUAGUUAUUUUGAUAAGCAGUUGACUGUUAACUAUGGGAAGGGGGAGGCGGGCAGGGACCAAUAAAAUGCCAUACGUUUUCUACCUGAACAACACUACUUGAGUGAAUAAAGUGAGUAUAUAUAUAUUUUUUAUUAAUAUUGUUUUGUUUUUUUGUUUAUCUGGGCUUCAUCAACGGAGAGUAUUUCAGAAUGUCUUGCAUAGAUAUUUAUUUAGCACUCAAAUGUGUGAAUGUUUUGGUAUUUAUAAUAUGUUUUACCGAACGUAAAAUGGUAGUGAUGUGAAUUUGGUAUCUUCCAAAUCGCACUCAAUUUUUCCUGAAACCUAGAAUAUGGCUUUUCCUUUUUCAUGCAACUUGCUUUUUUUUGUUUGUUUUUUUGGCAGGGAGGGGGGUCCUCUCUCUCUCUCUCUCUUUGUUCAUGUUCAGAUUCAAGUGUAAAACAAUAAAAUUUGUUUGUUUUUUCCAAA